AUGGCCUACAACACGACCCCGGUUGCGGCGGCAGCUACCCUUCUCCUGUUGCUCAUCGCAGCCGCCGCCGUCGCACCGGCGUCAGCCAGCACGGUAACGGCGUACUCGCGGAGGGGCUGCACUGGGAAGAAGAUAACUUGGCGAUGCGGUGCGUGCUACUCGUUCACUGGCUACAAGGCGGGCUACUUCUUCGACUACUCGCAGGGCCAAAUCGGCAGGUUCUAUAUCGGCGCGCGCUGCCGCGGCCUCUACUUUCCCAUCUUCUUCGACAUCCGCGUUUGCUCCCCCCACAUAUUUAACAGCAUCCGCAUAGUAUGCUGA